UGUUGCACACGGAUAACUCAAAAUCCACUUUCUCGUAAGUGACCCACAGUUUAUCGACGCCCGAAACAGGAACUUCGGCGACUUUCGGCUGUUCGUCCUUGAUUCAAACUUUCGGGAUUACACCAUCAUGGAGAGAAAAAAAGGACCGGACAGCCGCAGACACAGAAAGCCAGUUGACUCUCCGCUGUGUAGCCUAGCGAUAGCUGAUAACGGAAGAAUGGGAGACUCUAAAAGCUGCUUUUAUCAGGAUUGAAGCCGCCCUCCUCGGGUCUCCUCCAGCUACUUUUUAUCCCAUGACCAAUGCCUCCGCAGGGCGAUGGGAACUACAAACCAGCGGCGGUGUCCCCUGCUCCCCCUGUCCCGCCGAGGAGGCUCCGGAGCCGGGACCGGGGCUCCGGCAGGGCUCGGCGGUCUGCGGGAGCCGGAGGAGGGGAGCGGCGGGUGAAAUGUGUGCUGGUCGGGGACGGAGCGGUGGGGAAAACCAGCCUGGUGGUCAGCUACACCACCAACGGGUAUCCCACCGAAUAUGUGCCCACCGCUUUUGACAACUUCUCAGCGAUGGUAUCAGUGGAUGGGCAGCCGGUCAAACUACAGCUCUGUGACACUGCUGGACAGGAUGAGUUUGACAAGCUGCGUCCUCUGUGCUACACCAAUGCCGAUGUCUUCCUGCUGUGCUUCAGCGUGGUUAGCCCCGCCUCUUUCCAGAACGUUCCUGAGAAGUGGGUUCCGGAGAUCCGCAGACACGCCCCCCUCGCCCCGCUGGUCCUCGUCGGGACGCAGUGUGACCUCAGAGAAGAUGUCAAGGUGCUCAUUGACCUGGCAAAGUACCGGGAGCGGCCCGUACAGCCAAGCGACGCCCAGGACUGUGCAACAGAGAUCGGCGCUGUGGCCUACAUGGAGUGCUCCUCCCUGACCCAGAAGAACCUGAAGGAGGUGUUUGACACGGCCAUCCUGGCCAGCCUGCAGAACCAAAACUCCCAUAAGCGCCCGGGAGGGAAACAGAAACGAAAAAAACAGCAAAGGCAAACACCGGACAAGAUGAAGAGUCUCUCUAAGUCCUGGUGGAAAAGGUACUGUUGUGUGGCCUAGAGCAGAGCCUCAGCGGACUUUGGCCUUGAUGCACCUCGGCUCUCAGACUGAUCUGAUGUAGCUUUCUGGCGACCUCAACCUGGCCUGGAGUUCAGCUGGGUUUCGAUCCUGCUUUUGGAUUAGUUGUCAUCCUAAUGGAGCUUCAUGUGGAGGAGGAACUUGACGGCUGGUAACCAAACUGAGACACACCCUGACGGAGCUAGCUCGAUGUGUGUGAUCACCUUUGUCUCCUAUGAACUGUUCCACGAUCAGCACGGUGUGUUCUUCUAUCGUCCUGUAACCAAACUAAGACCCUCAUGGAUCUAAAUCGAGACUUAGUCCUUUUUCUAGAAAGACUGUGAACGUAUCAGGGACGGGACCCUCGAGUGGGCCGCCCCCAUUUCUACUGGAAUCUAUUCUGGACAAAAAAAAAAAAAUUACUGUGCUGUUUCCCUCUAUAGGCUCACUAUUGGAUCUAUUCAGAUUUGGUUCUUUGUCUGACCUGGUUUUAAUUUUAGCCCGGGUCAAGUGGAGGAGGUACUGAUGUGUUGCCUAGUAGAAUGGACCUUCCAAACCAAAUAUGAAGCUGGACCUUUUUUUGAGACUUGGUUUAGCCUGUCACUAGGAACACCGGUCCAAGUCGCAAUUGCAUACUGCUGUGGAACAAAAAAAAAAAAGAUUUUCUAAUUUGGAUUUAAUCUGGUCUGAAUGGAACGUGUAUUCUGUGUAGUCUGAUGUUCUGGGAAAAAUCUUCCAAAGUGCAGUGGGAGGAAUCCGGCAGCCUGGAGGGAAACUGGACUGUCGGUGGGCCAGACUUGAUACUGCUGUGUGCUGUACGAGGAAAGUCAUUUCUUAGUCAGCAAAUGUGAUGCCUGUUUGAUUUUAGUCUAUUUUACACUUAGUCUGACCACAUUAUUUGGAAUGUGUCCAGAUUAAAUACUCUUAUAAGGCUGUGCUCAUGUGGGAUUGUCUUAGAUGUAAAUGCAGACUGCUCAUUUCCUAAAAUGGCAGUAAUUUUAACCUGGUCUCCAUGGUUCAAGAUACUGUGAUACAGCCUAGAAUGGAUCCAAAACUCUUGGUUCACCUGUUUUUAAGGUCAUGCUGGAUUGGCACUCUCUCUCUAUUAAGGCUUGGUUUGGAUUUUGUUGUGGUUCAGUUGUAUAAGGGCCCAUGUCCUGCUACUGUUUGGCCCAGAAUGGUGUUUGGUGUUCAAGGGUGCAUAUCACAUUUUGCUUGGAAAAGCUCCACUGCUGAAAGACGUAUGGCUCACAUGCUGUCCUCGCCUUAACACCACUUAAUACCUCAUCUUUUUUCCACUUCUGAGAUAUUUCCUUUAUCAUGUGAAGCAUGGAAAGUGAUGAACCAGCAGAAAGUAGCUACCAAAUGUCUCUGUUUUGGAAAAGGGUGCUGAACAAGGCUCCAGUGUGCUAAAACACAGCAAAUCAAGAAUGUCACAGGACCCACAUGACAAAAACACUAGUAUUGUUCUCUAACAGCAAGUUAUAUCCUUCCACAAAACACAGUAUUGUGUCUGUAUUACGGCCACGAACCGGCCUGAACUUCAGGACAAGAAGACAUUUUGCAUUUCAGUGUUUUGUUUCUCUCCAGCCCUGUAACAUUUUGUGGAAAAAGGUCUUUGUACUGGUACUUCCAUUAUCUGAAGAGCAGUGUGUUACACAUGUAAGCAUCUGUGUGCGCAUUUUGGCCACUAGAUUAUACGAUAUAAAUUAAGUGCUCUUUGUGUAUUUCUACAGUUUCAAAAUGUGCUCUUUGUCGAGAUUUGCAGCAACAGCAGGCUCCAUAACAAAGCCUGAGUUGGAGUACGUUGAGUUUUUUUCUCCUGCAUUUCAAUGCAAUCAUGUAUCUAAGACUGUGAAGUGUGACUUAUGUACAUAUUCAGUGAAAUCUUUUUUUUAGGUUUUAAUGAACCUAAGUUUGAUUAAUUCAUCCAGUUGCUUGGCACCUGUUCCAUUAUUUUUGUUCAGUAUAUAAUUUUCUGCUGUACCACAGUGGUAACUAUGGUAGACGUCCACCGUUCUGCAGCCAUCGUGCAUCAGUGCUCAGAUCCUCGGUGUCCUCCAGUAGCUCUGCAGCAGACCACGCUGCCUGUUCUUUCUAAAAUAGACCAAAUAUCAAAUUUUGCUCCGCAGAACUGAUAAAGCAUGCCGGUAAAUUUGUGUUUCCCAAUAAGGUAAUUGCCAGACUAUUCCGUGUGUCUUGUGAUCGCUCAACCAGGAACAAAAUGUAAUCAAUUUUCAAGUAUUUUUGUUCUGCUGGAUAGCAGAACAUCAGUGCAGUGUGGGUUAGGGUUAGGGAUGACUCUGAUUCUUAAAAGUUUUGUUAAAGAGUCACACACUAUAGAAAUACUGAUGCUACCAGAAACCCAAUGUAUUCUCAAAAAGUAAAGUUUGAAAUUUAUAUCAGUUUUUAAGUAAAUCCAUAAUUGUUUAUUGCAUAUAUAACGUAGUUAUUGAUGUAUUGACUUGACAAAAAACAAAACAAAAAACAAAACAUGUGUUUAUUCCACUAGUGGAGGCAUUUUGCUGGUCCUCUGUUUGAAACAAACUAGCAAAAAAACAAA